AUGUCCAGAGACGCGCGCUCCAAGGCCAAGGGCAUCAGUGCUAGCUCGUUCCUGGACCUCAAGGCGGAGCUUGCGAAGAAGGAGGAGGAAUUCGCUAGGAAUUCAGCCUCUGGAAAGAAACCCUCCAAGCCGGAAAAGAAACCUACGGUAUGGGCUAGGAAGAACAAGGGCGUCAGCAGUCGUGCAGCGAGAGACAUCGAAUUGGAGGCUAUCAGCAAGCCUACGCUUGACUCGGCACGAGCGACGCUGGAACGCAAGGCAAAGAUAUACGACAAACUGAGGAAGGGAAAGAGUGGGGGAUUGAGCGAGAAGCAGUUUGAUACGCUUUUAGUUGAUUUUGACUUGAAGCCACCUGAGUGGGAAGACGAUGAAGAUGAUAUUGAUGAAUCGCUGACUGUUCCUCAUGCCCCGGAUGAUGUUAAUGACCCUAUCAUCGAGUAUGAAGAUGAGUUUGGACGUAUACGAACUGCUCGGCGGUCUGAGAUACCAAGAGAAUUGCUUCCUGGCGCUCCUUCAGAAGAGGUAGAUGAAGAUGAGGACAUAAUAAUCCGUAAUCCUGUCAACCACUUCCCAAUAUACACGCCCUCCGCUGACCGUAUUGCCGAAAUUGAGAAAAUGCAUGCUGAAGAGAACAACCCCCUCGGAGUGCAUUAUGAUGCCUCGAGCGAAGUCCGCGCGAAGGGUGCUGGUUUCUAUCAAUUUUCGGGUGACGAAGAAACACGGCAGAGACAGAUGGAGGAACUACGUGCUGCGCGAGAGAAGACGCAGCAGGCGCGACAAGGACAAGGUGCAGUGGAUAUCAGCGUCGAGGGAAUGGUCGCCAGUGGAGGCGAGAACGGCAGUACCGGCGAAGGCGUUGGAAAAGGUGUGGAGAAGAGGAAAAGAGAAAUUGAGGAACGGAGAAGGAAGAUCGAAGCCAAGCGACGCAAGUUGAAGGGCGAACCAGCGGUCGCCGACGACUCGACAAUAUUAACGACGCUUCUUUCCAAAGGCGAUGAUGAAACAGCAGUGUUUGUGGCAGGAGCACCAGAACCCGAGCGCGACAUGACUAGCAUGACUCCAGAUCCGUUUGCGGUCUUGGAAAGUCGGCAAGUCACAGAGAAGAGGUGGAGUAGAGGCAAAGGAAAGAGCAGGUCGGAUGAGGCAGAUGUCUUCCUUGCGUCUCUGGAGAAUGACAUUCUAAAUAGAAAGAAAGGGAAAUGAUACUUCUCCGACGAACUGGCGCGCUACUGUGACUCCGCUCAGGCCCUUAUACUGCACAAAGGCCCUGAAGUCGACAUCUUUUGGGGUGGAUCCCGGUUGCUGCUUAACGUCACAUUUCGUUGUGCCUUGUGUGCGUGCUAGGUAGUUACAGUAGGAUCCGCCGAAUGGAAAUUGUACAACAGUCUUAUGCUCAGCUACUAGUACAGCAGUGAAUGCACAGGUAUGAAUGAGAUGGAGUG